AUGGCGGUGGCGGCGGCGCGGCCCCGCGCCCAGGAGCCCCCCGCGGCCGGGCUGCCCCCGCGGUCCCCGAGGAGCUCCCCCGCCGACACCAACUGCUCCGCGGGGAGAUGCCGCGCUCCCCUCCGCAUCCCCAUUGGGCCGUCCGGGAUGCUCCGCUGCGGGAAACACCGCGGAGUCGCGGGGCUACGAGGGAACGGGGCAGGUAUUCCCAAGGCCGGGUGGCACCGACCCCACCGGAGUCCUCGCAGCCCUACAGAGCCGCCUCCGCGUCUGCUCCCAGGAGGCGCCAGGCCCGGCUCCACCGCUGCUGAGCGCGGCGUGACGGAACCGACGGCCCGGCCGGAAGGGAGAGGCGCCCAGCGGUGGCGGGGCGGGCGGGGGAGGCCCAGCCGGGCUCCCCGCUCCCCGGGCCGCGGCCCCGCAGCCCCCCCGGCCCAACCGCCGCCUCAGGCGGGAGCGCAACGCACCGCGCGCGAGCACCGCCCCCCCCCCCCGCCCCCCCGCGCGGCCGCAGAGCGCGCCUGCGCCGUGCGCGCGCCUCCCGGCCCCACCCCGGGGCGCCUCGAGACAGCCGGGUCUCGCGAGAGCGCCGCCGAGCGCGUCCUCGCGGCAGCCGCCAUCUUGGGAGAGCGGGGAUCACGUGACCGCUCGCAGCCGUUCGCCUCCGCCUUCCCCUCCCCCCCCCCACCCCCCCCCGCCGGGAACCGGGCCCGAACCGCCGGUCCCGGCCCGCGCCGCCGCCCUGGGGCUGGGCCCGCCCGCGGGACUUCGCGUUUUGAGGACGGUGGAUGCGGCGGGUGCUUUGGGGGGGGGGGGGGACUCGCGGGCAGCCCCCGCGGCUGCAGCGGGGAGGAACGGGGAGCGGCACGUCAGUUUAUGUCGGGAACACGUGUUGGUGGGGAAGGUGGCGAGGCCCGGAACCGAGACCCUCCCGCCGCCUCCCGAGGGGCCCGCCCGCCCGGCGAGGCUCUCCGGGGGUCCCCGCAGCUCCCGGGGGGCCGGUGGCGGGGCCGAACGCCGCGGCGACAGAGCCAGCCUCAAAGUCCAGCCACUCUUAACUGA